AUGUCACCCUCACCUUCAAGCUAUGAUUUUGAAAUUGAAUGCAUUGAUAUUUAUACACUGUCCAACACAACUCACAUCCAAUGCCACACCAAUGUCAAGACUGUCUCUGAGGCACUUGUUCUGAACAGUUAUAUUGGAGCAACUCCAGAGUCUCCCUCCAUUGCUAUCUCACUUCGCACCCUGGAACUGUAUUACAGAAUUCGCCUGCAAAAACCAUCAUUUAGUGCUGAGGCCUUUAUGAAGGUUCUGUGUGAUCUUUACAAUGCAGCCUUUGAUGUCUAUAACAUUGUCCUCCGUCAAGUUGAGCUUCAAGUUUCUGAAGCCCUUGGUCACAAUUCACCUAACUGGCAUGUCUUGAAUGCUUGUCCACCAUGCUCAUUUGAGCACAUGAUUGUCUUUGAUGGCAACAACUCUCUAUCUCGAAUGGUGCCACUGGGUGGCUGCAAUGUCGGUGACAUGCGCACAUUUGAUUCAGACUUCUUCCUUUCCCAUGACUACGUCAAUCAGUUUGCUGAUGAAGCACCGUCCUCCCAAGCACCAGCUGAUCAAUGUGCCCUGCAACUUCAAGUUGGUGAGAAUAUGGAAAGACUGUGCACGGAAAAUUGGAAGGCUGCUGCUGCUGAAGCCAAGAAAAAGAUGUGGGGAAUAUUUGAAGAAACAGGGAUCUUUGCAUGUGCAUGCCAUCAUGGCAUGAUACUGUGGAUUGUUGACAUGGUCCACAGCGGUGAACUCUUUAAGUAUCCACUCUCCAUUGUGAAUAAGGUGCUUGAAGUCCUCAGCCCCGAACUAUUGAUCAGUUAUGAUGUCGGAUGCAAACUUGCUACCACUGUCAAGUCAACCUCCCUUGCUACCAAGUUUCAUGAAUCUAACAGCCGCUUAAUUUUUGACUCAUCUAACCAGCUCGCCCCCGUUAUUUGUUAUGCAAGCACCUACAACCGUCAUUUCUAUAUUGACAUGUUUUUCAAACAGUGGGACGAAGACAAGUACAUGAAUAUUGGCAACAUGCUAUACAACAACUAUCGUCAAGCUCUCGACAUUAUUGAACAGGAAAUUAUCACAUUUGAGCACGCCAAACUGUGCCUUGACAUUACAGAUGACAAUAUCAAGGAAUGGCAGAAGCAGCAGUCAGUGUACCUUGAAACCCUUGGAAAUGAAGCCGAGUGGGACGUGCAUGCGAUGACGUACAUUGAGUUGUUGAAAAAUCUCCAAAAUGCAAUGGCUGCAGCACAGAAUGCAUCAGCAUCAUUCCUUGAUGGCAUUCCCACCGACUAUCAAUUUGUCUCAACUUCAUCAGUGACAUCAACAGAUCCUGCAUAUAUCGCCAAUCUGUCAACUCAACGACGACACGCGAAUGAGCGCCUGGAUACCAUAUUGCAAGAGAUCACUGCCAUGGAGGUGAAGAUGGACAUUACACAGAGGUGGGAGCCAUCAGACAGUGAGUAUGUUGAGCCUAUGAGGUACAUGGCUACACAGAAAUAUCACCAUGCUCUAGAUGAGCUGCAGUGUCUUGUUGUGCUGCGACUCUUCGAGUUGCACAAGUUAAACCUUUCACAGACUGCCCUCCAAACUUGCUGCAAGGCAAUUCAAAACAAGGUGAAGGAAUACAAUGCAGCAGCAUCUGCACUUGUUCCACCUGCUCCGAGUCUCGACUGGUUGCGUGUCUCUCACUAUGGCUUUCUUCAUGAGUUUACACUUCUCUGUGAAACGCGGCAAGAUGUACGAACAAAUCAAUGGACCUGUCCGGAAUCACUUCGCAUCAAACAUGCUCAUGAAGAGGUCCAUCAUUGUAACAUCGAGCUUCAUCGCCUUCACUCAUCCAUUGUUGCUGAAAAUUGUCACUUUGAAGCCACUCUCCAAUGCCUCAAUGCUGAGAACAACACAUUGUACCACCCCAUCAAAGAAUUUGCCACGUGCCACAUCCGAAUCAAUUCUCAUAACCUUGCCCAUGUUUUUCAAACAUUUAGCCUUGCUGGUUUCACAGGAGAUAAGAUGGUUGGCAUGAAGAAGAACUUAUCUGCUAUUCUGAAUCAUUCACUAAUGCACACGGACAUCCUGGCUGAUGAAGUAGAAUCUGACAUGGAUGAGGAUGAUGAAGCUUGUGGGGUCAUGGGCGGUGUGACGCUCGGACCCAUGCUGGGCAGCAAAUAG